GUCGGGCGUCUUUCUGCAGAUCUGCACUUCUCAACUCGGCACCUUGAGGAGGGGACGACUAGGUGCACUCCCGCAGGAGGACCAGACUAACCGUGCUUGGAGAAGAAAAUCCUCACCAUGGAAAAAUCAUGCCAAGAAAAGAAAGAAGAACCCCAGAGCGCUCCAAAGGCAAAUGAGGGGCAGCCUCCGAUGGAGCAGCCUCCCGAAAAGCAAAGUUCGGACGAGGAUCAGACCUCGGAGGACUGCUCCUCUGAGGAGGAGGAGGAGGAGGAAGAGGAAGAAGAGGAGGAAGAGGAAGAGGAGGAAGAGGAGGAGGAGGAGUUCUUCCCCGAGGAGCUGCUGCCUGAGCUGUUGCCGGAGCUGCUGCUGUCACAGGAGCGCCCCCAGCGGCAGUGCCUCUCUGUCAAGGCCCUGCUGGAGGAGCGGCCUCCCAUGGAGCAGCCUCCCUGCGGCGUGGGCAAACACAAGCUGGAAGAGGGAAGUUUCAAAGAGAGAUUGGCUCGUUCUCGCCCACAAUUUAGAGGGGACAUACAUGGCAGAAAUUUAAGCAAUGAGGAAAUGAUACAGGCAGCCGAUGACAUGGAAGAGAUGAAAAGAGUAAGAAACAAAUUGAUGAUAAUGCACUGGAAGGCAAAGCGGAGCCGUCCAUACCCCAUUUAAUGGGAGCUACUUUUCAUGCUGCUUUGUCUAAGAGAAUGGCCACCUGGACUCGCUUUGCAUUUUCUUCCAUGGCUUUUCCCGUUUUCUUACUUUUAACAUCUUGUGAAACUUCAUUUUAGAUGUUUGACUUAUAAGGAACAUAAAAUUCUUUCUUUUAUAACCUUCUAAAAUCAGAAUAGUGUCCAUUUGCAUGGAGAGAUGUACAUUAUAUAUUGUGAAGUGAAAAAAGCAAUUUUUAAAAAGUAUAUAUAGUAUCUCAUUUUUGUAAAAACACAUAUUUAUAUGUUAAUAUGAAAAGAAAAAACUAAAAGUAUAUACUUCAAAAGCUUAACACUGGCUAUCUGUGUAUUAAGAAAUUAGAUGAAUCUUAUUUUUACUUUCUGCUUUAUCUGAAUUCUCAUUUUUCCACACACAGUAUACUGAAAAAUGUGAAACAAUGUUGAAAGAAACCUGUUAAUUAGCCUAUAUAGAUGUGACCGGUAAUAAAUAUUUCUCAAUCCUUAAAAAAAAGAAAUGUGAAUCCCUAUUCCUUCUGAAUAGCAUAUGUAAAGAUAAAAACCACACAUUUAUU